GCCUGGGGAGGGUUGCGGACACCGGACGUCGGGGUUCUUAGAAGGGGAGAUGAGGAGUUUUCACCACAACCUUGCUUCACGCAGGAAGCUCUUGAGAAUCCGGCCACAGGCAUGAGGGGCCCCGGGCCGAAAUGAUAGUGCUGGCGCCAGCCUGGAGCCCAACUACCUCCCUGCUGCUGCUGCUGCUGCUGCUGUUGCUCAGCCCCGGCCUCCGUGGGGCCCCGGACUGCUCCUUCCCCCACAGCCCCAUCUCCUCCACCUUCACCAACACCAUCAGCAAGCUGUCUGACUACCUGCUUCAAGACUACCCAGUCACUAUUGCCUCCAACCUGCAGGACGACGAGCUCUGUGGGGCUUUCUGGCGUCUGGUCCUGGCCCAGCGCUGGAUGGGACGGCUCAAGACUGUGGCUGGGUCCCAGCUGGGGAAACUGCUGGAGGCUGUCAACACCGAGAUACACUUCGUCACCUCAUGUGCCUUCCAGCCCCUCCCCAGCUGUCUUCGCUUCGUCCAGGCCAACAUCUCCCACCUCCUGCAGGACACUUCCCAGCAGCUGGUGGCCUUGAAGCCCUGGAUCACCCGCCGGAAUUUCUCCAGGUGCCUGGAGCUGCAGUGUCAGCCAGACUCCUCCACCCUGCUGCCCCCAAGGAGUCCCGGGGCCUUGGGGGCCACAUCCCUGCCGGCCCCGCAGGCCCCUCUUCUGCUUCUCUUGCUGCUGCUGCCCGUGGCCCUCCUGCUGCUGGCCGCUGCCUGGUGCCUGCACUGGCGAAGGAAGAGACAGAGGAUGCCUUACCCUGGGGAGCGGAGGAGGACACUGAGGCGCAGAGAGAGGAGUCACCUGCCCGAGGACACAGAGUCGGAACUUGGAGGAAGUCAGCUAGAAACUGGUCCUUUCCUUGGCCACAUUGCUCCUGUCACUGUCUCCCCAGGAUGGAGGCAACGCCAGCACCCAGCAGCGGCCCCGGCCUCCCCCUCCCCCCUCUGUACAAAGCCCUUGUCCCCAGGAAAUUGUAUAUAAAUCAUCCUUUUCUACCA